CGGUCCUUCUGCAUCAAAGUUCACACAGACACAAAGGAGCAGAGACUCAGCGAAACCAUUUCUCCGAGAAAGUGUGAGAGAUUCCGGUGAAGAACAAUGGGGAUAGCAGCAGCAAUAGGAGUGCUUUCACCUUUCCCAUUUUACUAUUGGCUAUGGACUUCCCCACAAACAUGGGUUGCCCUCUGUGGGGACGGGCGUGACCCAUGCAAGGUUAUGUCCUAUGUAGCUCAUUUCCUGAAGCUGAUUCAGUUCCUCUCUCUCGUUUCAGUCUCAACCAUCUCUUGGCCUCCUCCUCUUUAUUUCUGGCCCCUCAUUGCCUUUGGCCAGUUUCUCAACUUCAGGGUUUAUCAGUUGUUAGGUGAAGCUGGUACUUACUAUGGAGUUCGUUUCGGAAAGAACAUUCCCUGGGUGACAGAAUUUCCAUUUGGGUAUAUAAAAGAUCCUCAAUAUGUUGGAAGCAUCUUAAGUCUUUUUGCAUGUCUGUCAUGGGUACCCUUUCCAUACAUUUUCUUGUGGACGUUGGGAUAUGUUUUUAUGAUACAUGUUGAAUCCAAGGAAGAUCCUGCAACUCGUGCAAAGCCGCUAUCAUGAUUCAGCAUAUGAAUUAGACCAGAGAAUCAGUCGUGUUUACAAAUACCAACCAGUGUUCAAUUGAGAUGGCAGUACAAUUUUCUUUUCCUUUCUCCAGCCUCAUUCAUGUUGGAUUUGGUUUCUCUUCAUCUUCUGCCGUAACAUUGUUGUAGUGAUAUUACUUAAUUAGUCCUGCACGGAUUCCAAUUUUCAAGGUAUUUUGUUUCUGAUAUUUCUCACAUCAAUUUCAGUGGCAUCAAAGUUACAGAAAUUA